AUGGUAAAAGAAGAUGAAGAAAUUCCAAAUACUAAAGUUAAACCAACAAAUCCACCAGUUUUGUCAUGGUUUGUAUAUUUUUUGGCAGCUAUGGCAGUUAUUGGUGGUUUUUUGUUUGGUUAUGAUACCGGAAUUGUAUCAACAGCAAUGCUCUAUAUACCAGAUAAUGGCGGCAUGAAACCGAUGAAUUCAAUUUGGAAAGAACUUGUUGUCAGUAUUUGUCCAGGAAUGGCAGCAGUUGGAGCUGUACUUGCCGGUCCAGCAUCAGAUCGUUUUGGUAGAAAAAAAGUAAUUGUUGUAUCAAGUUUAGCAUUUGUUGUUGGUGCAGUUAUUUGUGCUGCAGCACCUGAAAAAAUUACUUUAUUGGUUGGCCGUAUAAUUCUUGGUGUUGCUGUCGGUUUUGCAUCGAUGACUGUACCAGUUUAUGUUGGUGAAGCUUCACCAGCUAACGUUCGUGGUCGAUUAGUUACCAGCUUUCAACUGAUGGUUACAUUUGGUCUUGUUGCAGCCAAUGUUAUUGCUGGUGGCUUUUCCUAUGUGAACCCGAUAAAGGUUGGAUGGCGUUUGAUGUUUGCAUUCGCUGCAGUACCGGCUGUAAUUCAGUUUGUUGGAUUCUUAUUCUUACCCGAAUCUCCACGAUGGCUUUUUGAACAUGGCGAUACAGAUGACAGUAAAACAGUGUUAAACAGAGUAUAUAAUCAUGAUAAGGAUUGGAUUGAUUAUGAACUUUAUGAUAUUUCUUCAGCAUAUGAAGCAGAAAAAAAAUCAAAAGAAUCUCUUGGAGGUCAGCUGCCAAUAACUCGAAUUUUUACAACGCCACAUGUCCGAAAAGCACUUAUUAUAGGCUGUCUGUUACAGGCUUUUCAGCAGUUUGGUGGAGUGAAUACGCUGAUGUAUUAUACCUCAACAAUUAUACGUUCAGCAGGUAUCACAGAUGAGCAUACAACAGUUUGGAUAUCUGCAGCUAUAUCAGCCAUCAACUUUUUCGCAACCUUUAUACCAAUAUGGCUUGUUGAAAAGGUUGGCAGACGGAUACUGCUGCUACUGUCAGUUGGCGGUGUUUUUGUGGCUUUAAUCCUCAUGUCUAUUGCAUUUUUGCUGAUUAAUAAAGAUUCGUAUCCGGUUAUCACCGCCGUUGACUUGCAGGGAAUAGACCUCAACGAUACUCAAGUCGCUAAGUGCAACACUUACACGAACUGCGAUUUUUGUGUCACCGAUGAGAACUGCGGAUUCUGUACAGAUAAAACUAAAGACAGAACGGGAUACUGUUUACCAAUAAGUGAUGACGACUCGGACUACUCGACAGUUGGACCCUGCCAAAACCCAAUUAACGAAUCUGUUUACGGAUUUGGCGACAAUUUCUGCAAGAGCAAGUACACACCUAUGCCAAUUGUGGUCAUGUUCUUCUAUUUAGCAUUCUUUGCUGUCGGCUUUGCACCACUUCCAUGGGUAAUGAACGCGGAAUUUUACCCACUUUGGGCCCGUAGUACAAGUUGCUCAAUUACAACUUGUGUUAAUUGGGUUGCCAACUUGAUCGUUUCGCUUACUUUCCUAACACUUAGUGAAGCAGUUACAAAAUAUGGUACAUUCUUUAUUUACGCCGGGAUAACAUUAGUUGCAUUCGUCUUCUUCUUCGUUGCGGUUCCAGAGACCAGCGGUUAUACCAUAGAAGAAGUUGAGCUACUGUUCAUGAGCAAAAAGGAAAAACGAGAAGCUCUGACCUACAUUGAGCUAAAAAAAGCUGACCAAAAUGGUAAAGAAAACGGAAGUAUUGCUUCUGCAGAAAAAUACUAA